AAAAGCCCGGAUGUAAAUAAAUCAAAGUGGGAAAUAUGAAAUAUUUGCUGUUUGCCUUUCACUAUUACAUUUUACAUUUACAUAAUAAGCUAGGCUAAUCAUACAGCUACUAAAGGAACAACUAACACAGGUUUCAACUACUUUGACUAGAAUUUGGCCUGAAAUGGACUCAAACAGAAAAAUAACAACUAGAAUCCAGAUACUCAAUUACGAAAACAAAUAGGCGGCAAGCUUUGAGGAACUGUUUCUCUGGAUAAGUAAAUUGCACAAUUCAUAUCGCAAAGAUUGAGCAGAUAAUGUGGAUAAAGAGCUAGAUAUUUAAAUAAACCAAAAAGUGCCUCCUGUUGAUCAUCAUCCUCCUCGAUCUCUCAGAUCUACACCAUGAUCUCCCCAAUGGAGAAGGAACCUCAGGCGGCUCUACAUAUUUGAACCAAGGGGCUGAACAAAAGUGCUUAACAAGUUCACAUGAUAGUCAAGCAGACAGGGCUAACUAAUAUGUCGAAAAACAGCACAGCCAAGAGUCGAGUGUCUGCUGGAAGUAGCAAGAGUCGGACAUCAUAUGGGAGUGCGAAGAGCAGAAUAUCAAACUCUAGUGCAGGUAGCCAAUACAGUGGUACUAUGAGCUCAGUAGGUAGUAGCGUUCCAAGCAAUCACAGCACUGUGAGUAGUACAAGAAGUGGGGGGAACUACACAAGGGAUAAAAACCAAGCAUGGUGGACAGGGGGAGGCUUUUUGGAUCCUGGAACAGCCAACAGCCACAUACCCCCAAGUUACAAUAAUGAAGUAUUUGAUUAUGUCGCUAAUGACAACGAGGAGGAAAUCUGGGAUUUAUCUGAUUCGUUAGCAGAUUUAUAUGCAUCAACGGUCCAGGUUGGCCAAUUAUCAGCGUCUCAACUUAUCCGUUUUGACCGCUCAGACUCGGAUAAACGCCAGUGGCUGGAAAGUGACCCAGAAAAUGGAUUUGUACGAAUAUAUGCCGCUGAUUCAGAUUUCAGAAAAUCGCAACUUGUACCAUGUAACAUCUCGACUACAGCACACAAAAUAAGUUUGAGACUUGGGAUUCCGCCUAAUUCUCUUCACGUGCAAUUUAAUGGUGAUAUUAUCAAACGGGUUAGUCCCCAUCAGUGCCCUCUAGUGAUGCAAAAUGAAUAUUUAGAGGGGCUAGGGUACACAAGUUUGCGGCGUAUACAAGAUGAGGGGGCCAGUAUGGAACUAGGGUACCUCAUACGUUUCUACACAGGUAAACCUUUCCAUGAUAUGACAUACGCCCGCAACCAGUUGUCGUCCUUCCUGUUCAUCCGCAAGGGAAAAGUGCUGCCCCAGUGGGUACGGCGAUUCUGCGUCAUAUCUGGGACGCGGUUACUCAUUUAUAAAGAUAAGAGUAGAGAUGAUUCACCCACCAUUUGCCAACUUGCUAAGGGGUCUGUGGAAGAGGUCAGUGUCAAAGGUCAAGAUCUUUGCCUCAAGGUCACUACUUCAAUUCAAGGUCACCAGACAGUUCAUCUCGCUUUUAAUGAUGAAGCAGAAUUUGGCAAAUGGCUGAGGAAAUUUAAAAAGGCAACAGCUAAACUGCCAACCACUGCAGAUCUUUCUAAUUGCCAUUUAGAAAGCCUUCCUGACACUGUGUUUAUCAAUGAGGAUCUAGCCAUGCUGAACCUGCGUCAUAAUGCACUACGAGAGCGCCCCCUUGAGGAGGACACAUACACUAUUGGUUAUAUCGAUGAUCUACCCAAGUUUACCAAACUGAGAAGUCUCAAUCUGGCGGACAAUGAUUUGAAAGUGUUCCCAAGUUCUAUAUGCAGUCUGCGUACUUUGGUUGAACUGAAUGUGGCGAGUAACAAGCUAUGUGAACUACCAGCAGAAAUUGGGCAGUUAUCAAACCUUCAAGCUCUACAUGUCCAUAACAACCAUUUAUGGCAACUUCCCGAUGAGAUCAUGUUGCUACGGAAACUGUUCAUCCUCGUUCUAGCAUUCAACAAGUUUACCUCAGUCCCCGCAGUCCUGGCUCAGAUGACAGAUGUAAGAAUGUCGGAGAUCGAAAAUAUCAUAAUGGCGGGGAAUCUCAUCGAAACAAUCACGGAAAAAAUACUCGAUAAAUUAAAGCAUGUGAAAAAAAUUGAUGUAAGAAUGAAUCGUUUGACGUUAACCUCGCUUGAAACAUUGCGAUUUGGAGUCCUUGAGCAUUUGACGCACUUAGAUAUUCGGGAUAAUGAAGUCGAGGAUUUGGAUUUAAGAAGUGUGAAAACGCUGGAGUAUAUAAACUGUGAAAGAAAUAACAUGAGGUGCUUACAACUAAGUGGGAUUUCUCUGAAGAGGAUAUAUGCCUCUAACAAUGUGUUGUCUGAAUUCAGCGUGAAACCCAAGGCUGAAUGGCUGGACUAUAUAGACCUCUCAUAUAACAAGCUGACCACGCUGCCUGAGUGGCUUGGUGAUUGUUUCUUCCUGCAGAAGCUACUAGCCAGUCACAAUCUCAUCUCAGAGCUUCCUGAAAGGAUAUUUAUUGAUGCCAGGAAGCUGAAAUCUCUGAGAGUCAACCACAACUACAUAGAGGAACUUCCAGAGAAUAUUGACAUACAUAGUAUUGAGGAUAUUCACAUACAAAACAAUAGAAUAACAAAACUGCCUGCAGACUUUCUGUCAAAGGCUAACAAGUUGCGGGUGUUCAAUGCCACAAAGAAUUACAUUAGAAAUCUGCCAGAGCUGAAUUUAAAUGAAGAUCUGAACAAAGUCCAAGAAUUGUAUCUUACAGGGAACCAGUUGAGUGACAAUGCAUUCAGAGUUGUAUGUGGCUAUCCUCGCCUCAAGAUCCUACAUAUGGCAUACAAUUACAUCAAUGUGAUCAGUGACAUGGAUGUGAAAAAAUUGGAAGUCUUACAGGAGCUAAAUAUAUCUGGUAAUAGGCUGCGAGACUUGCCUGGCUCCAUCGCCAAAUUACCAAAACUUACAAUCCUGCGUGCUCAUUCCAAUGCCAUACACGCCCUGCCAGACCUGUCUUUGACACCAGCACUUAAGGUGCUGGAUAUAGCAAGUAAUCAACUCUACAACAUUUCCGUGCAAGCGUUGAUGACAUCACAGAUCAACCUGCUUGAUAUGUCAAACAAUCGCCAACUGAAAGUCAACAAAGAAGAAUUCAAAUCACUCAGGAACAAGAAGACUGUAAUCUUGAUAGACACAUGUAGUUUGAACCGUACACUCCCUGGGUUGAACAAACGCCUUAGGGGUGACAUGUUGACUGACAGAGACCUCCCCUGGCAAGUUGGCUUCACUGAGACAUCAGGGAGCAGAAAUAGGCUAUGUGUAACCACAGUACGCAAGCUCAAGUUCAGAGAUUCCAGAGAAGCGCUGUUUGCAAUGUUUGAUGGGGGACAUAACAAUGAGGUCCCGGAACUACUUUCUGACCAAAUUACUUCAAUUAUGGAGCGGGAAAUAGAACAAAGUGCCAAUGGGAGUGAUUACAUGAAAUAUGCAAUGCUUAGUGCCCACAAAAGCCUAAAAAGCAGUGGCCAGAAACUUGGGGCAUCGGGGCUGAUUCUACACAUAGGGCGUAACCCUGGUAGCGAUGAAUACAUCAUGAAUGUCGCAAACACUGGUGACAUUGAGGGAAUAUUGUGCAAAUAUGGUGACCCUGUGACCUUGACCCGCCUGUUCAAGGUCACAGAAGAUCGAGAAGAAUGUGAAAGAAUUUGCCAAGCUGAUGGCAUUGUAACAGAGGAUGACAAAGUCAAUGGAACAACUGUAAACAGUAGACUUCUGGGAUGUGCCUACCUCCAUCCUUGCGUCAUCCCAACUCCACAUCAAACCAGCGUCACAUUGAAUCACCUUGACGAAUUCCUCAUCAUUGCAAACAAAGGUCUGUGGAAAUAUGUGUCAUAUAAAGAGGCGAUCGAAGAGGUGUACGAGUUGACCAAUCCUGUUGGAGCCGCUAAGAAACUUUUGGAUCUCGCACAAAGUUACGGCUCAAAGGAAAACAUAUCAGUGCUGGUUGUGAAACUUGAUGUAAACGCCCUUUGCGGAAAUGAGAAGAUUGCCGAUGCGGGAUCAUAUGGCUCGGAAUCGUAUGCUUCACGUGAGACAUUAGGUAGCUUGAUCAGUAUUGAUAGAUCAAUCAGUUCGAUGUUUGAUGCCCCUAGUUUUAGUGAAGCCAGGGGUAUGGCACUUGAAAAAGAACUAACUGAUAGUAUGGUUAUCGAACAGGGCAACAGUGCUUCCACCUUUGGAUCAAAUAGUCAAGAAAAUGGAUUUGAAAGUACAAGUACACUUGUUGCUGAGAGCAUGGAUGCAUUGCCACCAUAUCGAGAGAGAAGUAUGAAUGCAUUGCCGUUACAUCAUCAAAACAGUGAAGGUACAUUGGUUGCUGGCGAAAGUAUGAGCACAAUGGGACCUGACCCAAAUACAGAAUUCUAUAAGGCAGCAGUUUAUAUUGAUGGAAAGCAACACCAAUCUCCACCCACUAAACCAGAUACACCCAGUGUCCCUGAAAUAGAAGUUGGUGACAGCGUCUCCAUAAAACCAUUACCAAAUAGAAAAUUCUCAAAAAAGAAUGACGGCGACCUUUGGGAAGUGAUCUUACAGAAUCGACUUUCCCGAGACGUAAAAGACAAAGAAAUGCGAUUCUCAGUUGGUCUCACAGACUUAAACUCUGACUCAACAGAGAGUAUACAAGCGAUAGAUAUCUCAAAUUUUCCCGAUGAGCGUGUGAAGUUUCACGAUAGAAACUUUUCUUCCAUAAGUAAGGAACGGGGGUUGAAACUACAAGUGCCAAAGAGUAAAAAGUCGUCAUCUAUCACACCUCCGCCAUGGGAUACCAGAACUGCUAACCCAGUAGUUGCCAAUGCAGCAUAUUAUUACGUUUUCAAUGACAAUGAAAAUAAAGAAAACACUCCAUUGAAAGAUGGCAGCACUGAUAUAUUUGAAAAAAGCAGACGGACUUCAGAUAUUGACACAGAUGUCAUGCUUGAUAAUGGUGUUGAUGAUACCCUUGUAAUCAACCCUUUAUAUGACUGGGAAGAGGGGCCCAUUAAUGUUGAUCCUGAGCAAAUAGGACAUAAUAUAUCCCAUAAUAAUGUACAUAGAGAACACGUGGAGCCACUGUACGAGGAUGUUGCUGGACAACAGCAAUCAGAAGUCAAAACUAGCAAACAGAAUGAUGAGAUUUCACCAUUGCAAUUACAUACCCAGAUCGGCUCUGAAAAUGCAAAUGUUUCGGCCUUAUACGCCAAAGUGAAGAAACGGAAAGCAUCACCUUCCUUGGGUAAAAAUGAAAAAUCAGAAUCAAUUGACUAUGAAAUAGUGCCGCAGACGCCUCCCCCUGUUUUACAAAAACGUCGCUCACAGUCUGUGGACUAUGAAACAGUUGAGGUUAUAAAUGGUGUUCCUAUGCUUGAUAGUAGCAGUUCACAAUCUGUCAUCGUUACAUAUGACACUGUUGAGCCUAAGAGCAUCAGAAAACUUUCUAAUACCGACUCUCAACAGUCUGAAUCGAGCACCAGUCAAAGUACACAAACAGAAAGAAUGUCGAGAGCAUCAUCAAGUGGCUCAGUUAUGUCCGAGAUGUCAUCUGUUAUGGGUCAAUAUUGUGUUAAUAUGAUGGACUCUGAUUUGUCAUUAGCUGCUCAGCAAGGGUCAAGUGUUUCAGGGGUGUCAGUGCUGCCAUCUAAAUUGGCCUAUCAGUUGUAUUCGCAGCCUUCCCCACCUUCCAGGAAGUCAUCAAUAUCAUCAAACCAGGCUGUUGAAUCUAGUGAGUUUACCCGGAAAAAUUCAUUGCAGUCAAGAAAAUCAUCCAUGGUGUCAUCAUCGCAGGUCGAUGUAUCAAAGGAAUUCUCGAGGAGCAAUUCAAAAACUUCAGUUCAUUCACGAAAAUCUUCAAUAACAUCUACCGUACCAUUAGCGCACACAGCUGAAUCUAGUGAGUUUCCUCGGAACAAUUCAAAAACAUCAUUAUAUUCCCGAAAGUCGUCAUUAUCAUCUGUUGUGCCAUUAGCGCAGGCUGUUGAAUCUAGUGAGCUUCCCCGGAACAAUUCAAACACUUCAUUAGGCCGCCAUUCCAGAAAUUCAUCAAAAUCAUCUAUGCAGUCUGAUAUUCCUUUUAACAACAACCCUCCCCCUUUAGUCAGAAACAGUUCCAUUACAUCAGAUGAGUUCCCUCCCCCAUUACCAGCGAGGGAAUAUUAUGGAGACACCUACAAUGUGGACAGCCUUGCACCCCCUUAUUUAAACUCAGACUCUGAUGGCGAGAGUGAAUAUUUUACCUUACAGACAUGUGAAGUACAGGUCCAUAUGCCUGACACACCCGAUGAUAAUACAUUGAUAGGGAGGGAAAUAGAAGAGCCUGAGGGGGUAGAAUCAUUUAAUAGGACAGCUAUUGGGAAAUCAAUGAAUUACAAGACACAGAGAGAAAUUAUCAAUCAACCAUCAGAAUUUCAAACAGUUGUUUUGGGAUAUGUUUGAAAAACAAUUAUUCAAAUGACAGAAACAGUGUUAUGUACAGAGUGUGCUAAAAAUAUCACUGAUUUUAAAGUAUAAUUGGUUAGAUUGAUCUCUAACUUUUUGAGAUGACUAAAAAUUGAUGCAAGUUUUGUGUCAUAUUAGUGGUUUUAUGUAUGUUUCUGCAUUUUUAGGUGGCUGCCAAUCAAAGUAUCAUGUCC